AUGCUGAGCACCACGAAAACCCUUGUAAGAAAACUAGCUCAUAACGAUGCUUCUGUGAGGGAAGAAGCUUAUAAUGCUCUUAAGAGCUUUCUUAAGAGCAAACUGUCGAAGAAACUUGAUCUCUUGGAACUUGAAAAACUCUGGAAGGGCCUUUAUUUUUCAAUGUGGUACUGUGACAAGCCUAUUCCUCAGCAGAGUUUGGCUGGAAACCUUGGCAAACUAUUUAGUGAAGUCAUACUGGAGAGUUGCUUGAAGGAUUUUCAUGAGGCCUUCUGGUUAGUCAUUUUGAAGGAGUGGCCUACUAUAGACAAGUGGAGAAUCGAUAAGUACUUAAUGUUGAUCAGAAGAGUUAUCAGGCAUCAGAUUUUCCGCUUGAAUGCCUCACAAUGGCCUCAAGAGCAGCUCGAUGACUUCUUGAAUGUAUUGCAGAGUCUCCCGCUUAGUGAUGAUCCUAAAGUGCCAAAAGCCCUUUCGUAUCACAUUUGUGACCUUUUUCUCGAUGAAAUUGAGUACGUCAUCUUCAAGGACUUUAGAGAUUACAGCGAAGAGAGCGAUGAGGAUGAAGAGGAUGAGGAAAGCGACGAUGACGACGACGAUGAAGACGACGAAAAGGACAAAAGCGAGAAGCCUUCUCUACAAAAAAACACCGAGAAGACAGAAGAGGAAAUCAGGACUAAGAAGCAAGAGAUUUUGUCUUCCACUCCAAUAAGCAAGCUUUUGGAGCCCUUCAGGCACACAUCAUUGAAUGCGAAAUUCAAACCCUUGAGAGAGAAGUGCAAAGAGGUGCUUUAUGAUGACAGGUUGAAAGAGUGGGGUCUAAUUAAAUCUGAUGACAAGGACGAUGACUCGGAUGAUGAGGAGUGGAAAGGAUUUUAG